UUUCGUCCGCAAACUCUCUCUCCCUCUCCGCCUCUCUCUCUCUCUCUCGCGGGCUCUCGACGCACCAACCUCCUGCAACCAUCGGAAUUGCGAGCGCGUGCGCGAUCUGCAGGUCCGGCUCCCGCCAUGGACGGCGGCGGCGGCGGCGGCGGCCCCGACUCCGACUCGAGCGAUCCGUUCCUCCGCAAUUACCAGCGGUCCGAUCUCCGGAUCGCCUCGGAGUUCCUCGCGACCUGGCUUCCGUUCCUCUCCAGAGAUCUCUGCCCCGGCUGCACCGAAACCCUCGCCGAUCGCAUCCGCUCCCUCGACUCAGUUGAUGGGGAUGCAAAAUCCGCAAAAUCGAAGGAGAAUGUGAAUCCGCUGUCUCCGGAUGUCAAGAGAGAGCAGGGGAUGGAUGAGAACAACAUCGACGACAGGAAUUUAGGAGAGAGCGAGGAUGACGAGGGCGAGACAAAUUCAUUGGGGAGCUGGAAGGAUGGGGCACAGGGGUGCUUCGAUAGCACUCCGGAAGCCUCCACUAGCAGUUUGGCUCAUGAAUCUCCUGCCGUCGAGGCUCGGAGUUCGCAUAUGUCUUGGGCGGACAUGGCUCAGGAAGAUGAGCUUGAAGAGGAAGAUGACCAGGAAUCCAACAAACAAUCUGUUGAUAUGAAUGGGUCAACUGAAGAAUUGAGGGUAUCUGCCAUUUCGGAGAAGCCGAAAUUGCCCAGGGAACAAAGAGAGCACAUACGGUUUAUGAAUGUGAAGAGGAAGAAGGAUUAUAUAUGUCUAGAGAGGUUUGAGGGAAAGCUCGUGAAUAUUCUACAGGGACUUGAGCUCCACACUGGUGUUUUCAGUGCUGCAGAGCAGAAGAGAAUAAUUGACUAUGUAUAUCAGCUAGAGGACAUGGGAAAAAGGGGAGAAUUGAAAGAGCGGACAUACACAGCACCACAAAAAUGGAUGAGGGGAAAGGGGCGUGUAACUAUUCAAUUUGGUUGCUGUUACAAUUAUGCAACGGAUAGAAAUGGAAAUCCACCAGGAAUUCUUCAGAAUGAGAUGGUUGAUCCCUUGCCUCACCUUUUUAAGGUUAUUAUAAGGAGAUUGAUUAGGUGGCACGUGUUACCUCCAACGUGCAUACCUGACAGUUGCAUUGUCAAUAUCUAUGAAGAAGGGGACUGCAUACCUCCACACAUAGACAACCACGAUUUCGUUCGGCCAUUCUGCACUGUAUCAUUUCUUAGCGAGUGUGACAUUGUUUUUGGAUCAAAGCUGAAGGUUAUUGCUGCUGGUGAGUUUGAUGGGUCUUAUGCAGUUCCCCUUCCAGUGGGAUCUGUUCUCGUCCUAAAUGGAAAUGGGGCUGAUGUGGCGAAGCAUUGUGUUCCCGCAGUCCCUACAAAGAGGAUUUCCAUCACGUUUAGGAAGAUGGAUGAAUCUAAAAGGCCCAAAGAUUAUGUUCCAGAACCUGACUUGCUGAGAAUUCAGCCAUUGCAGUAUGAAGUGGAAAGAUCUAAGAGGUCGAAUUCAUAUAAAACAGACCGAUAUUCAAGAAGGUAUCCGGCUAGGAGAGAGGCUUACAAUGGUUCGAGGGGAUACACGGAGAGAAAUGACCCACGUUCAGAGCCUCACUAUUCACUUCAAGUUCACCGAGGGCCUUCAAGUAGACGAAGGGUCAGGGUAAAUGUGGACAGCUAAUGGCUGCAUCUUUGUUAAUGCCCUGUUGAUUGAUGAUUGAGUUAAUACACAUUUGAGAGGAAUGGUCCAUCGGACCAUCAUCAAUUAUAUAUACACCUCUGGAUCUCUGGUUGACAUGUGGUUGUUUCGUGGUCUUUCUACUUGGUAAGGUCACUUUUAAGUUCCCAUUUUCAGUAUGUGAGGAUCUAAUGGACGCCAUCAUGUCUCUUUUGCCGUGGUGGUACAUGACUUUGAGAUUCUCUAGAUGGAGAUCAAAAUGCGGCAAAACAUCUGGGUAUAAAUACAUUCGUAUAUCAGAUUGAGUGUGCACAUAUGCGAGCUGCAAUUUUUCUGCAAGUCAUGGAUGGCGUGGGUCGACAUCAGUAGGUAUCAGAGUUAUGGGAGCUUUUGCAACUCAGCACAGCCUUUUAGCUUGAUAGAUGAUUGCGUAAGAUACUUGGAAGCUAUGUAUUCAUUUAGAUGUGGAAAGAUUUGGUUAAGGAUUGUAGUGACUAUGACAUGAUUUCAUUUUGAAGUUUUUCCCUGCCUUGUUUGUUAUAUAAGGGGGUCUGUCUAGUGAUUGCUGUAUUUGAUCGGCUGUACUUUGUCUGAUGGAUCUCCAUACCAAACAGACAGAGGUGAUAUGUGAACCUGUGUUCUGCUCUUGAUGCUUUGUUAAGGUUUUUGUGGCAUUGUGGCAUGAA